GAUUUGAAACUUGAAAACUGAAGUAUUCACAUGCAUUAUUUGUAAAUUUUAAAUACUAGAAUUUUGUUGUGUCCGGAAGAUAUAACAAAUUUAAUAUAAUGGAACAAAUUGAAAGCCAGGAAUUACUCAACCAACGAAUGGAACAAAUUGAACAACUGAAUUAUAUUAGAUAUAAAACACCAGAUCCCCAGCAUGUUUUGAUAACAGAUAUGUGUAUAGGGAUUUUACCUAAACAUAGAGGUUUGCUUAAAGACGUUAAUCAUUGGCAUAGAUUCAGGGUUAGAAAUAUUUUUAAUGCAAAACGAGAUCAAGUUCUAAUUGCAAUUUUGGAAUAUGUUUUUCCAUUCGAUCUAAUUCCAGUGUUGUAUUGGGAAGAGGAGGGCUGUGGAUAUUUUCUGGGUCGAAAUUGUGGCCCAGCUAUAGAAAAACUAUGCAGUGGCAACUUAGUUGUGCCCAAUCCUAAAAGUAUAACACCAUUCAGGUUAAGUAUUUUGCUGGGAUUUACAUCAACGAUGGACCUUAAAAUAGAUGUACAAAGGAAUCUAAAAUAUGUAUUGACCAAGAGAAGUGAUCGCCAAGUUCUCGAUUUAACAAACUUCCAUGAAGAUGAAGAUCUCAUAGAAUUUACUCCUCUGUUUCAACCGAAGAUUUUGUAUUUUGUACUACGCAUAUCAAAACAGCUGAAUAUAAAGACGUAUAUACUGCGGAAAAAUAGAAUCAGAGUACUGGAUCCUUUGAAAAUUUUAUCCUCUACACCAAAUUUUGUUAAAUGUAUUGAUCUUAGCAAUAAUUUGAUCGACGAUAUUGAUUCUCUACAGCAUUUAAAAGAUCUAAAUCUAAGAUUUUUAUAUCUGGACGGCAAUCCUUUAUGUGGCAAAUAUGGACCGGAGGUAUAUUAUGCCAAUGUCACGAAAAAUCUUAAUCAUCUUACGCAUUUGGAUGGACUUCCUCUGAGAGAAGACGGUCUUCCUAUCAGUAGACGACAUUAUAUGUGCGAUCUGGGAGCGGUAGAUCUUGUUAAUCAGUUCAUUGAGUAUUAUUUUCACCUUUACGAUCUACAGGAUCGCAACGUAUUGAAAUUGGUGUACCACAAAGAUGCAUUGUUUAGUCUUACCGCUUCCUACAUUACGGACCAGGCCUCGUCGAGAAGUACCAGAAUGCCUAGAUACUUAUCUUUAUCUAGAAACAUACAAAAAAUGGCGAACUUCACUCAGUGUCACAACAAUUUAAUUAGGGGACCUCAACAGAUUAUAAAUAUACUUAAAAACCUGCCUCAAAGCGAACACUAUCGUCCGUCCUUCAGCGUAGAAGUAAUGCAUUAUACAAACACCUGUGCAGUUGUGUCAGUCUCCGGCGUAUUUAAAGAAAAUGCCGAAAAUCUAUUAGACCCAGAACAACUCUUCGGCUUCCGAAGGACAUUUGUGUUGACGAUCAAAUCAGAUGGCGCAUGCCUCAUAACCAAUGAAUUGGUGCAUGUCCAUAAUGCUCUUACCUCGCAAGUAAUACAUAGUUUCAAGCAUCCCCGGAGUUUUGUACGAACCAUCGAGUUUCCACGAACGGAAAGUGACAACCAGAAAGCGAUCAACGCAUUCAGACGUAUUACUACUUUAAAUGCGAAAUGGUCCAGGAGGUGUUUGGAAGAUCGUCAGUAUAAUAUGAAAAUGGCGUUAUUGUUGUUUGUAGACCUUUAUAAAAAAAAUCAAAUUCCCGAAGAUGGUUUUGAAGACACAGGAAAUAUCAAAAAAUAUUUAGAAUAUGGGAACGACCAGAACAACCCAAAUAAGAAGAUGAGGGUGUAAAUAAGUGUACCAAAAAUGUUCAUGUAACAAAAUAGAACUUUAUGUGGUUUGAUUUAAGUCGAAACAUCUUAUAUUUUCGGCAUUUGGAAAUUAUGUUUACAAUUCUAGUGUAUAUGUUAACAUUUAUAGUACAAAUUGAUUCCCAAUAUUUGAUGGGACGAAUUAGCAGAUUUUUUUAAUACUCCUACAUUAAGAAAAUCUUCCCAAUGUUUAUUCAUUACAUCAAUAUUCACAGCUACUUGAAAAUUUUAGCUACUUGAAGUUUUACAUGCAGUAUGCAAAAUUUUAUAUAAAUUUGCAAAUAAGAACAAUAUGUAAUUUG